AUGCUCCAAGGAAAUCAAUCCAUGGUGGAAGAGUUUGUCCUACUGGGCCUGUCCCAGACCAGAGAAGUCCAACUUGGCCUCUUUCUCCUUUUUCUCCUCUUUUAUUCUCUGAUCCUGCCAGGAAACAUUCUCAUCAUACUGACCAUUCAGAAAGAACCUCAGCUGAGCUCUCCCAUGUACUUCUUCUUAGCCAACCUGGCUUUUCUGGACCUCUGUUACUGCUCCAUCACUCCUCCCAAGAUGCUGGCUGACUUCUUCUCCAGCCACAAGACCAUCUCCUACAAAGGCUGCUUAGUCCAGAUCUUCUUUCUUCAUUGGCUAGGAGGCUCUGAGGUUUUCCUUCUCAUUGGCAUGGCCAUUGACCGCUAUGUGGCCAUUUGCCACCCUUUGCGCUAUACCAGUCUCAUCAGCAAAGUGGUCUGCUACAUUUUGGUCCUGACAUCCUGGUGUCUAGGGUUCAUGCACUCUAUUAUCCAGGUAAUCCUUAUUCUCCCACUACCAUUCUGUGGACCUAAUGAACUGAAUAAUUUCUUCUGUGAUAUCACUCAGAUCAUCAAGUUGGCUUGUACUGACAUUUAUGCACUGGAAUACAUCAUGUUCUUCAACAGUGGCUUGGCCACCUUGAUGUGUUUCAUCCUUCUCCUCAUUUCCUAUGGGGUCCUUUUGGUCAAGGUGAGAGCAGAUUCUACCAAAGGAAAGAGUAAAGCAUUCUCUACAUGCAUCACCCACAUCAUCAUCAUCUUCAUCAUGUUUGGCCCAGCUAUCUAUGUCUAUUGCCGUCCCUUUCAGGAAUUCCCCUUUGAUAAGGUGGUGGCUGUUUUCCAUACAGUGGUCUUCCCUUUGAUGAAUCCCAUGAUCUACACACUGAGGAACAAGGAGAUCAAGCAAGCCAUGUUGAAAUUGUUAGGCAAAAUUAAAGUUCAAAGCAGAAGAUGA